AGACAAGAAGAAAGAGUUAACCUUCGGCGGAGUAAACAAAUCGACAGUGAAGGCUAAAUUGAAUAUACUGUGUAUACCCCUCCACAUAGACCAGGUAAGCAAAGCAAAUAUAUUCCGGUUUCCUUUUUUUAAUACACAUUUUACUGAAUAACCUUGAAUGUUUUUGCCUGUAUUUUAAAGUCACGGCCUACAGCUACAAGAAAAUACCCUCCCACUGUUAAAUAUUUUGUGCCCUAAACGCAGUUAUUUCAUUGUGGCAAAAAUAUGGCCAAAAUAGAUAUUGUGUCUUAUUUUCCUUCUUCACUCGAAGCUAUAGAAAAACGCAACUGAAUUAAACAUGAUGAAUAAAAUUUUAACUGAGAUGACAGGCGAGUGUGAAAAUGUUUCGAACUUGAGUAACACAUAUAGAAAAUCUAGUUCUAAUAUUUUAUUUUUCCGUUUUUUUCGUGUAGCUGUUGCCACUCUGCUCAACAUAAUACUUAAAUUAAUAGUUUAAAACAUACAAAAGUGAAUGUUUUAAUUAGAAUAUUUUCCAAAUUGACAGCUGUCACCUGAAAUUUAAACGUUCCCCUUGAAACUGUCCAAAGAAACUAAAAUGAAAGCUAAACGCUAUAUAUUUGUUUUGACAAAUUCGCGCAACUUGUUCCAGAAACAUUUCUCCGUUAUUAGAUAAAAUAGAACGAGUUAAGAUAAACUAUUAUGCUCAUGCAUCUCUUGUCACGAAACUUUAAAAUCAGAGAAAUUAGCAUUUGGGAAAUUAUUUAAAAUCGUAGGUGAAAUCCGCAGUCCUGUGGCGCCGACUGAGAGAUAUGUGUGAAUCUCAACUGCUCCCUUCUAGACAACUCCCACAAUAUUUAGGGCCUAACUACUUUACUCGACGUCGCAAAGUCUGCUUAGGAGUAUCGCACGUAGAAACAAUUUUCACAUAAUAAAGUAAUUACACCAAGAGGCGGAUAUGUUAGACUUGGUUUUCUUGAGGCGAUGAAAGGAACUGAAAGCAGCUAAAACCGCAAGGCAAACCACCCGCUUAUUUUUUUUAUUAUUUUUUUUAAAUCCUGAUGCUCAUCAUGUCCGACCUGCACGAGCAGUUUUUUAUCCCCAUAUUGUCACGUGUAGCUGCCCACGCAAGCUCAAGGAACCCGUCAACGAGAAAAACAAUUUCUUUCUUCGGCGACGUUCACGAAACUGGACUUUGUCCUCUGUUCCUCAUCCGACUCGCUUUGAAACUGAAGUCGAUCGCCAGAAGAUUUUUUGUUCAGUAUAAGUCGCCACAAUAUAUUGCUAUUUCAUCGAACCACCGACUCUUCUGGCGUUUCCUCUCUUUUUAUUUUUAGCAUCUCAAUCUUAUCUUCAUGAAUAGGCACUUAAUUAAGCGGAUUCACCUGCCACCAUAGUAGUUCCGGUGACAUAACACGAAACAUUUGGCGCCUAUUAGUUAGUUGAGUAAUUACUUAAGAAGCACACAUUUGCGUUAACACUACCUAUGUGUGCGCGAUUUAAAAUCAACUUUUUACUGGCUCGUGUAGGUUCAGAAUAGCUUGGAACGAUUGCGCUCUUCAUAAUUUUCCCGUGAAACUGCAGUCUACGAACAACCAGAGAGAACUAUCCUUCGUUUUCAUCUCAGAAUCAGGUCUUAUGUUUUUGUCGCACCUUUUCUGCGCUAACCUGUGAAGUUUUGGCCUAUUUCAAAAUUGUAUACAAACAUAAUCUUGUAGUUGUUAUAGCCUCGGGGUGAUUUUAUUUAGCUGCUUACAAAGUACAAUUAACUUCUAUCUAUUCAAACACCUCAGCCACUGUAUAUAAUGCAUUUCAUUAAUUUAGAUGCGAAUACAAGUAUAAGUUCAUCGGCAAGUACGUCUCUAGUUCGAUCGAAAGCUCAAACUUCUGGCUACCAAGUGAUAAAAAAAGGUAAUAACUUUCCUUUUUUAAUAUCUUGGCACGAUCCCCGUGGAUUUACUGGUUUAGCAUGAAUUUAACAGUUGUUCGGCAUAACUGGAAGAAACUUGAGUUUGAGAAUCAAGACGGUAUUUCUUCGAGUAGGAACAUGAUUCUGUGUUUGUUAACGUUUCCAAGAGUCUCUGGUGCCGGGUAGCUGAGCUUAUAGAAUUCUAUACAUCUUCGAAUUCUGAGCGCGAGCUCUUUCGCGAUUUCUUCAUUGGCGAAUUCAGCAGACGGCUUGCAAAGCUGAAAUUCUAAUUUACAUUUUCAAUUAUUUUGUGUGCAAGCAACAAAAAAAGAUCUCUCUCAUACGUCUUUCUCCUGUAUUUUCUUUCUCGCUCCCAAAUUUAACCCUAUAUAUUGCUUAGCUAUAUAAAUUGUUUUAAUACCCCAUUCACAUCAAAGCAUCGACAUGUGUUAGACUUGUUUUGUUAAACACGGGUGGAAAUGUUUUCUUCAUCAAAGCUGCUUUAAACCAACGUUUGUGACCUUUAAUUUAAAACGCUAAAAUACAAGUCAGUGUCUACUUUAACACUAUGGAAAAUCAGUUUUUCAGUUCUCUGUUCAUAAUUUUCUUUCAGUUAAACAAGGUUUAACUACAUGUUUUUCUGGUGUGAGAGGGGUAUUUGAGUGUCACUAUGGAACUGUGAAACUCCCAAAUUUCACCAGAUGAGGAGAGUUAUUCCAAAAGCGAGUUCCUUGACAAUCUACCCGGAUAUUGAUGCGAACGACUUCCGAAAGACCAUGUCUGAGUUCUUUUGUUUACUUUCUGGUUUCCUACUUAGACGCUAAGAUCCGACAAAGUUUCUUCUGUCUGUGAAAGUGAGACAAAAUAGCACAAUUUGCACAAGAAAUCAGGUGAUGGUGGUGCCAUUUCACCUUAAAUUAUACGUGCACUAUUGAUGAGGCGCUUAAAAUCCGAUCACUUAAUUAAGGAAGAAAUUCAUGGAGAAUAUGAAGAAAUAUUCGUUGUUCGAUUAAAAGGAUUUUUAAAACAUUCGUGAAGUAAAGCUUUAAUUUUUGAUAAACAUUGAAAAUAAAAUGUGCCCGUGAAAGAAUAGCGUUCGUUCGCGAAAUAGCAAUCUCUGGUUGUCUCAGAAAUUUCAGCUUCAUCUGUUAAAACAUUCAUCUAAAGAUAAUCACUCGAAAGCUUACUCUCUUGAGUACAGCAACUAGCAAUCAUAAACGUCAUGAUACCCAUCGUUCAUUUUACAAGUUGUACCCAGGUCUUUCCGUGUCCAUAUCAUUUUCUGUCUGAUUCUCAGGCUAGAAAUUGCACUCUUUUGAAAAUUGCUUUUUAAAGAGGUUUUUUUUUGAACGACGCGGUCAUGUUUAAAGCUUUUGACUUACCCAACUCAUAACUAAUGGCCUGCCUCUGCGAGAAUCUUUUUGUCCAAUUUCUUUAAAACUUUGACCCCUAAGAGUGACUUACACGUAAUUUCUCCUUACCAUAUAACUCGUGAAUAACACAACAAAGUCCUGAGAAUAAAGGAAAGAAGCUCUCGAUUGUAAAACAAAUUCUUCCUUCAGCAACUGAGGCAGUGUAUGGAGAACAGUACGGAGACUACGAAUAUUGAUGUUUAGGUGUGAAGGGCUAUCUUCAAGUUCAUCAGCGAGGUUCAGUUUCAAAUUCAGUUUUUAUUCAUAUGUCAAAACAUGAUUUCUUUCUUCCAACUGAGAUCAAAUUUGCCCAGUUUAGCAGUUCCACCCAACGAAUUUUUCAGAGGCACGGGUUUGACCUCUAUUGAUUAAAGCCUGAAUUGUUCAGGCCUCUUUCCUAGCAAUUUACGUCACUCGUCGUUCGCCUGUGAGGAUCGUUUCGGUAUUUCCUCAACAUCCAUUAAGCGGAGUGAAGUCUGACAACGAGAUGAGUUCACAGAAGAAGUAAAAGGAUCGGCAAAGAAAUAUAUUGUGAGCAAUUCCCAUCUUUCAGACUGAGAACCAACAGAAUUUCGGGGCUAAGCCUUUUCAUUUAGCAUAUUCUUUUCCACCAACAUUACAAAUUCAAAAUGCUAUGUUUUUUAUCUCGUGUCUAACAUCUUUCGAAAAUACUGUCAUAUUUUGUAAUCACCCUCCAUAAUUCUGCUGAACUAACAUGACAAAUUGAAAAUGCAAUUUUCCUUUUUCUCCUCUCAUUUGCUACUCUUUUAUAAUAUACUGUCAUAUUUUGCAAUUAUCUUCGUUAAUCCUACUAAACUAUCAUGGCAAGUAGGAAAUGCACCCAUCUGCUAAUCUGUCACAUCUUGUUCUUGUCCUCGUUAAUUUUUCGACAACUUUGCCAAAAGACAUAACAAACACCACUUUAAUUGUAUGAAAAAUAUCUCUUUUUCCCACUUAUCGACAGAGAUUACAUAAUGUUUCUUUCUGAUGAUAAACACUGAGCUUGCGAUUAUUUUUCUGCAGCAUAAUAGUGUUAGAUAUAAUAUUAUGUAAUUUACUCUUUGACACACAGGUCUAGUGCACAGUGAGUGCAAUUUUAAAAUUUUAGGUCUAAAUUUUUGAAGUCAGAUUCGAGGAAAAGAAAAACUUUCCCAACAUGAAGCUUUUCUUUUACUAAGAAAAUGAGUCAAUCUUUUAACAGUCUUAUCGAACGAGAGCUAGAUAAUACCUGAGUGAUUAAAAUAUGCAUAAGACUGAAUAAACAUUUGAAUUAACUGAAAAAAGUCCCUGAGGGUUAUCGUUUCCUCAAUGGUGAGCCAACAAUUUGGCCGCCCAUUAGAGUCGAAUAAAACUUUAAGAUAAAACAAUAAACUACACCCUUGUCUAAAACUUUUGUUCUAACCUGAGAUCAUAACAUCGACUCGGAGGUGGGGUUGUUAGUGUCAUCCACAAAUGACUUUAAACCAUGAUCACGAAACAUGGAAACAACGCUUAUUGAAUACACAGAAGAUCGAUAUCGAUUACUCCCUACACUUUGAAUAAUUUAUGCCAUUUCGUGUCGACCCUUUUGAUUAAUAGGAUAAAGUAAAUUGACCAAAGAGUAGUAACAUUAAGAAAGCUUUCAGGUGUCGCUGUAACGUAACAUCCACACUCAGUUUUACACUCUAUUACUUUUUGGGUCUGUUUCAGAAUAUUUCACACUAUCAAAGUAGUAAUCUUGAAGAAGACAUCUAAUUGUUUAUGCAUUUAAACUCAGCCAUCCUCUACCUAUAAGGUAAGAAAUAAUGAUAAUUUGAAACCUUAUAUCUCUUUAUAUAUAAAUCUUUGGGUUAGAUUUCUUAAACACUACCAAAACAUUGUGCGCUAGUUUAACUGCAUCUGAGAACAAAUGUACGAAUUGUUCCAAAUUUAAAGUUAUUUUCCGGUUAUAAAUGUAACUUGAAGCAUCUUGCAAACCUGUUUAAGUUAAGGUCGAAAAUUUCGAAGGCCAGUGUUUGGAUUUCAUGCAAAUAUUCGUUAUUGUGAUAAAGCGAGCUUUCUCAUGCCUGUCGGCCAUGGUUGAAAAUCUUUCAAAAGUGAUCCCCUAGGCAGGGAUGUUACUCUGAAAUGCAUCUUGAAGGAAAAAAAAUAUAAGGAACUUUUGAGUGUGGUUUAUGUAGGAAGUAAAUUGACUAUCUAGAAACCCCUUUAUAGAAAAUAUAAAUGCUAAGGCUAAAGCCUAAAAAAAAUAUUAUUAUGUCUACGAAAUAUUAAUGCUCUCAAUUAGCCAACAAUUCGUGCUUUCGCGUGCAUUAUAGGAGUUUGAUGCAUACUGAGAAAUUUGCAUAACACUCACAAAGUAAGCGAAAUGUUUCCUUCAAGGGCAUUCGAGAGCAAUUGCAACCACUAGAGUGCUCCUCAAACUUCUCAAGUGCAUCAAUAAGUUGAUGGCCAACUGAAGUGGAAGAUGUGAAAACAGGUGAAAUUUUUUUCAAUCACUCGGAAGCGAAGGUAAAGUACCUCGCACGAGUUUUGAGUCAGUUUUGCCUUAGGUCUGUUAAAGUUUCGUGUAGACUGUUUUUCGUGCCACAUGUGCAUAUUCCCAGGCAAGAAUGCUACUUAUUCCGGUCGCUCAUUGAAAAUGAAUAUCCGCUCAAGAAUUUUGCUCAGAUUCCGACCACGGUUGUAUGACAACGAACCAUUAGUCUAAAAUUUCAUUUGAUUGAGUCAUCAAACUGAGUUUUCAGCUUUGCUGUAGUUCUGCUGUGUAGAGAAAAAGUUACAUUUUGCAAUUAAAGCGACCUUGAAAUUAAUAGAGGAAGUAAGAAUAUCACGAAAGAAGUAAAUUAAACCGUAGGUCAGCUGAAAAAAGCUACUAAUGAAGCCCGAAGAGUGUAGGAGUACAACAAAACUGAUUCGAUGUACUGCGACCAAGUAACUUUAACUAAGAUUACGCUGAUGUUUACCGAUAUCCAGCUCAGGGAUACUCUUUUAGACAUCAAAUUUGUCUGUCUUAACAACAGCCAAAACGACCGAAAAUAAAUCGAGUUCUACUUUGCAGUUUUUCAGUGAAAUCUUUCGGCCGAAGCAGUCGGUUGCAGAUUUGUAUAGUAAACCACUGAAUCGUUUGCCCGAACGAAGGUGAAUCUGCUCUUGCCGAUUUUGUUGCAAAUUAAUGAUGUUUUCUCGUGUUAUCAUUUCAUCGGUUUCCAACCCACGCGUGUCACAAAAUUUCUCGCCAUUAAAGGAAAAGUCUUAGUCAAAGCAAGAAUUCAUUUUCCAUGAGGUUGUCCAUAAAUACAAGUUUAAGACUAACGACCAAAUCAUAAGGUACGCAUUUGAUUAAAAAAAAAAAUCGUUGCAUUAAAACAGCCUGAGAAAACACGAGGUAAACUUAACAUCAAUAACCAUAUUUUCCAUACUAACCUCCAUACAUUUCCUUUUGUAAUGAAAAGGAAAGUUCAAUGAAAGCAUCUUAGGUUGACGAUCAUUUCCUCAGUAAUUUCGUUGCAUUCGUUAAGUUACAGUUUCUUAAGAAAGGAGUUUGUUUUAGCAGAAAAUGAUCAGAAAAGUAUUAGUUUUUUAGCUUCUAUUUGCCUAAAGGUGCAAAACGUGAAUUCAUAAGGUUAAAAAAAUAAACUGAAACCGGGUUUGCCGAUUUUUUAACCUUCUAAAAGGUUUUGUUUUUAACUCCCAUUUUUCAUCCGUUCUAAUCAGGAAUAAAUUUAGAGUAAGAGCGCUUAAUACUUACCGGUGACAUUCACAGCUAUCGCAAGAAAUAUCUCCCGUGGCGUUAAUUUGGAGCCGUCAGGAUAUGAAGAUGAUAAGCUUACAGAUCUCCCUAACAGUAUCAGUCUGCGUUAAAAUUUGGUUCCCAAUAGCAUUUAGCUGCGAAAGGGCACUUGCAUAAGGUGGAUCAUUUAAAGUAAAUUAAUGUUUUUUCCCAGUACUAACUACGAGAACGAAACUACGAUGAAACUUUUGCUAUAGGUUUUUCCAAACAACGGCCAAACUUUCGUAUAGUGUUUUAACAGUCUUUAUAGCUUUUGUUGCAUGCAUGUGCGUGAUAUAUCUGCACAAUUUACCCACGGCACACCGUAUGUCUUUGAAUGAAUUAAACGAACUAUUUAAUUGGCAAAGUGCUUUUAAAGGCAGGAGAAUUAAAGGAUAAAAUUUGAAAUAUUAACUGUAUGGAGAUUUCCGAUCGAAAUUGGGAAAUGCGCGGUUUGACAAGAAUUUUAGAAUACACCAUCCUUGUGCAUGUCUUAAACAAUCGUUUUCUUUUGGAUUGAUAAUGUUUUUCGAAAUUCUGCCAAACCUUAACACGUUUCAUAAAACUCCAUUACGAAAAUUCUCUGUCAAAUAAAAAAAACCAAAAAACACAAAAUAAACUUAAAAAUGCAGUUAUUAUUCCAUUCACAGAUGAACCAGAUUGAGAGCGAUUUGGACCUCAUGCAGCCAUGCAGUAUUUUUAAUUUAAUCUUUCCGCACUAAAUCCGCUUGAUUUAAGCGAUAAGACUUGGACUGCAUAAAGGCCAAUUAAUGGAGGUGUAAAGAUGGACAGAUGAAAAGAAAAUUGGCCUAGUGUAAAAACCAGAAUGACGUACGUUGAAUUACUAAUGAAAAAAAUUCUCUUUAGGGACCUAUGGUUGUCUGGGUGAUUCAGUUAAAAGCACUUUGUCUAUCGCCUACAGAUUUUGUAUCACACUCUUAAGAAAACAUCUUUUUGCGCUCAGUGGAAAUAAGGUUGGAUCCCUAAAGCCAUUUUGAGGGCAAUAUCUUUUCUUUCCUGUGACAGAAAGAGAGCGAAUCGAACAUUUGAUAACCACAGAAUAAGACUGAGCAUCGAGAAACCAGAAAGUGCGAAGGUAAAUACUACUAUAGCGAGUUUAUGUAUGGCUUCAUGUAAACAAAACUGAAAUGUGAGGGAUAACCUCACUGUCUCAGAGCAUUAGUUGAGUUCUAAAUUAAGGAAUAAGAUUACAAAACUCCUUAAGUUUAUUAUCGAAAAUUUUAGUUUGAAACUACCACUGACGAGCACGAAUGAGACAAAAGAAUAUGUUUCACUCUACCGCCCCUCGUUGUAAUGACAAACAAUGGCUUGACUCCCCUUUCUACAAGGAUGCGUUGUUUGAUAUCACAAAUGUACAUCUUCUAAACCUCUUGUACGUAAUUCUAUCACAAAAGCUCAAAUUUGACACUUAAAAAGGUUGCCUUGAAAAUUGUUUGUUUCUAUAUUAGAGCCUUGUCAGUUGACUCCUGUGUAUACCGUAACACGCCGACAAAUUUGCUCUAAUUCUAAUUUUAACACUGCAAAUUUAUUUGGCAAGAGGGAUCUACGAUGCUCUCAAUUUACUAAGCUCUCCAAGGCAUGCAAAUGUUGUGUUUUGAACGAACACGAAUGGGUUCAGGACAAAAACAGAGGCGCGAAAGAACACGACGACAACAAGAACGGUAGCAUCAAAACACAACUAAGUGCUCCUCUUUCGAAGAUGAAGAAUUCUAACAAGUAUUUUUUACGAUAAAUCGCUGCAAUUUGUGCAGUUCAAACAUUGCUUAAAGUUCUGGGUGACGUAGAAAAAGUAAUUUGUAAUUUUAAAAAGUAGUGGGUGUCUCUACCCACUGAGCAUUUCGUUUCCAUCCGAGCACUUUAUUAACGAAGAGGAGGAAGGCUGAAUUAAUCUUUUGUUUCUUUUGUGGCAAAAUGCAAGUUAAAGGUUCAUAAAAACUGAAUUUCACUUAGCGUUUAACACAUCCUUUUAAUUUCUAACUGACCUAAACUCAUCCAGAAGUCAAAUCACUUCAGUGUUAAGAGACGUUUAUGAGGUAGUAAACCAUUCGUGUUCCACCCCUGCAAGAAAGGGGCUGAAUCCUAUAAAACAGCCCGCGAGCCGUACAUACAUUUCAUAUUCAAAAGCAGCAGUUUAUCACUAUCAGUCAAUGUCAUGGUGUGAACGGCAACGAAAAUGACUGCAUUGGCUUUCCAUAUCAUGAAUACGAUUCUAUCAUAGCGUAUCCAAUUUUCUGCAUUUAACAAAGUAAAAAAGACCUUAACAUUUAUUCAAUUUUAUAACCUCUGAUAGAAUUCACCCUCUAAUGGAGGUAGUUUUUUUUUCCACACGUGUGAUAUGCGGGAAAGGCUUUCAUUUAAUCAAAUCGAAAAAUUCUGCUUACUACAUUGUCAAUUGAAAUGCGAUUUUUCAUAAACGCAAGCAUAAUUUUUUUAUUGAAACUAAGUAUUAACGUCAUCGGUCAAAAUGGCCAUUUUCACUUGAAUAUAUCUUUCGAAAUAAAACAAUUCUAUAGCUUCAUUCAUCAAAAUAUAAUGUUCGCCCUGCUGAAUUUCACAAGGGGAAAAAACGAUUAUCGUCGGAAAUAGAAUCUAAGAUUAAUCUGGAGUCAACGACGUCAUUGCAAAUAAUUGCGUUCGAGUAGGCACGAAAUCUGACUGCAGCCAAGAUCUCAACAAAACAUCCAGUUUGUUCCAUAAUUUAUCAAACUCGAAGCUGAGGUAUUUCCACGUUUUGCAGGAAAGUAAUUCCUUCCAUGAUUACUCAAAAUCCACAUCGGUUUCUCUCUGCGACUCUUAUGUGGAGAUAAAAAGUUAUUUCAAAGGCUUAAAAUCCUACGCGCGUAUUUGUAAUCGUCAGCUCGAAAUUUGUGCGCGGUAUUCCACUUUAGCAAAUUUAUACUCUCUCUUUUUUUUUAAUAAGCACCUUUUUAUUAUCACGUUCAAGCUGACCAAGAUUUUCAGAUCAUACUUAGGUUGAGAAUCAGUAAAGAACGUCUUUAUUUUCUUCUUUUUUUACGAAAAGUUGAAAUAAAGAUAAAAGAAAUUUGAAACUGUGGUCUAACAGAACAAUUAACACAAAUACUUAAGAGUCUUUUUUAACAUCAAUAAUACGGUUGUUAUUAUACGGUACACUGAAGAAUAACUCAGUUUGUAGCCGAACUUAGUCUGGUCAGGUCCGAAUUGAUUUAUUGAAAUACUUUACCUCACAACUUUAAAACUUGUUAAGAGCGUUUGUAGGCUCGAGUCACAAAAAAAUAAGAAUGAUUAGCCGUAGCACCAAAAGGGUGUACUUUCGUUUUCAAUUUGCACUCGUGAUAGCUGAUGUAAAUUCGGUUUACAUCUCUUAAGAGACAUAAGCGUUAACUUAAUUUAGAUUAAGUUGCAAUUUAAGGCUACCUUCGUGGGAAGGUUUUUCCUAUAUCCGCAGCUCAGGAGGUCCACAAUCACCUUUGGUGAAAGAGUUCAUGUAGUUAACUUCAUGCAAAUUUGAUGUUCGGGAAAGACGGCUGCUUCGAGUCGAACAGUCACCACUGCAUCAGCCAAAAUAAAUUGAUUCCAACUCUGUUGCAGCUCAAUCCCACAAAAGACUCUUCCCCAAAGGAUUUUUGGAAUGAAAGAACAUGCUUACUUUACAUAAAUCAUGAGUACAAAUAAGUUCCUUGGGAAGUAUUUUGUGAGGUUUUCUUUUCUGUGUAGACCAUGUAUGUGAACUAUCUAACAAUCAAGCAUCCUUAGCUGCGUUACUUUAUCUUACACGCAGCACUAUAGUUUCUUUAGAAACUUAUCCCCUUUAACGUCAUCAGAAUUUUGCAGUGGGAGGCUAAAAUUGUAGAGACCUUAAAUCCCUUUUUAGCUGAUCUCUAAGAGUAAUCAGUAUGUAAUUUCCCUUCACAAUACCACCCCUGAAUCACGCAUUAAGAUCACGAGAAUAAAGAAGAUGAUCAUUAUGAUAUGUAACAUCAAUGAUUUUAAAAACUUCAUACUCGGCAAUUGCCAAUUGCCAAUUGCCAAGAGAGAAAACUUAUUCUUCGGAUAUAUGCCGUAAGGAACGGGGCAUAACCCGUGUAAUGUGUCAUUAAAACCCGAGUAAAUAUUUUACACUUCGAAAAGCUGUUUACCCUCAGGAAAAUUGUUGUAUUUGGAAGUCAAAUUUUUGAGCAUGUUUCAGGCAUUCAGUUUGUAAAACGGAGCGAAAUUAAUAGAUUAAUAAUUAAUAGUUAAUAGGUUAUCUCUAUUAAUGGAUUAAUAGAGAUAGAAAAAAAAACGAGCGAGAUUUGGGUCGGGUCACGUUCAUUACGCAGCCUGACCCAAGCCUCCCACGUUUUUUCAUUCCUCCGCUAUAAUCCCGCCGUUUCCUCUGAUCGCGCUCCGUUCUACUGAGUGAUUGUUUGUAACAGGUACCAGACCUAUCUAGUAACAUUUUAGCGACGGUUGAGAAUCCGUGACUAAAAUUAAUUUAGGUUCUUGAACUAACAGCAUGUACAUCGUUGUCCCUCUGUAUUUUUUAUUUUAUUUGUAUUGUUUUCAAUACAUUGUAACAGUUAAUUGAAGCCUGGCUAAGCAUACAAAAUGUUAACCACGCAGUUUACAACUGCGUUAGAUAAUUAAAAAUUUACUAAUACUGAAUGUAUUUGGGUCGCUCCAAACUCGAUUGAAAACAUUCUGCGGCAUUGUUAAAACCGAAAUAAGGGCUUAAAGGAAAUUUGGUUUCCCUUCUAUCUUGCUCAUCACAAGUGAAUACGAUCGCAGCAUCAAAGCGUUCAGGUAUUGUAGAAUUUCUGUUGUGUUGACAACUGAACCAGAUAAUAACAAAGAUUGUGUUUAAAUACAAGAAAAACUCAAUGCUCGAGCAGUCCAAAUGUGCAGGUUCAAAUCAGUAAGACUCAGAACAUCAUUAACUUUAUGACAAAGAGUUCCCGUAUUUUCCAUUUUUCUUUCCUUUCGGGAGAACUAGAGUUCCUUGUAAACGCUUACUUGACGGCCCACAAUUUUGUGUUGUCCAGGUGGUCUCUCUCCAACCAGCUACAUUACUGGUAUUUUUCAUUGAACAGAUUAUGAAGAAGCCAAGUAUUCCUAAGGAAUAUUCCAAAAUCAAUCUUGAUUUGUCAAAAUUUUUAAGCGUUUUAUGUUGUUCUUAUGAUCUUUAACUACAAUGGAUUACGUUCGAUUCUUUUAGUCCUAUCCACCAUAUUGAAAAUAACCUGCUUUGAUAGGGAACCUACUCGAGGUUGGACUUCUUUGAUAUUUAUUUCAGAUAUUUUGCACAAAGCAUUCAUGCAUUUCGGAACUUUUUAAUUUUUUACUUUUUGUUGACGAAAUAAAUUUUUUAGUUUCCUCAAGCUGAACUUCUCUCGUUAUAGAAGGAUAAACUCUCUUCUAGUAAAGUUUUGUUCGAUAUUUUUUUGCCUUUUUUUCAUAACAUACACUAAGCACACAUAACUUUAAUAAGCGAUGCUAAGAACCCAUGCAGUUCGGCAGACAAAACAGAUUCAUUCUGCCAAGUAAUUUAUGCACUCUUUCUUUUAGUGGCACUUUCAAAUCUGCCGUGUGACAUUUAAAUCCUUGCUCUUAGAGAGCCUCAAAAAUAAUUCGCUCCAACUUUCUGUUUUUUUCAUUAACGUACAAUACAUGUUUUCAACGGAAAAAUAGGCAUCAUGUCGUGAAAGUAAAUCAUUGAUGGUUGGUUCAAAUAUGGAGUAGAGAUCACCAAUAGCAAUAGAUUUUCAGGUUGUAUCUUAAGCGUUUUAACUUUUCUUCAUUAUAAAUUUAUAAUUGUUGUUAUAACCAUCGUCUUGGAUAAUAUUCUGAUUUUUGUGAAAAAAAUGAUGUUUACAAUUAUUAUAAUUUAAAUUAUUAUCAUUAUUAUUACCAUAAUCACUGUUUCAUUGUCGUUAUUACUAAAACUAUUUUUGUUUCUAUCAAUUUAACAAAUAAAUUCAUAGAUGUCAUAAAUAUGUGGUUCUGUGACCCAUGGAAACAUGGAAUCUGUUUGUUUCAUGCGAGAAAAAAGCAAAGAGUUGUUCAUGGUGACGUCAUUUAUUCUUCUGUUUUGCAAUACAUCAUGAAAGAACCAAUCAAAGUACGACUACAAUUAAACUCAUCAAAUAAAUCAGUAUUGCUAAUAACAUGAAAGGAGCAACCUUGUUAAUUUUGACCAGUAAGCAUGUGCUUUACAUCUUAACAUAAGCGCUCAUUUGCCUGAAAAAAAAUGUGGAAAGUGAAUCAAAACUAUUGAUUUAAAAGAGCUAAUAAAGGCAAGUUGUAACUCUUUAAUCUAAAAGAAAAAGGGGAAAUUACCUUUAGGUUUGCAAACAAUUAUCACCCGAUUAAUUAGUUAAUUAUCCGACAGUUCUAACCCGAACAGAUAUGCUACACGUGAAAUGCGAGCCCUGAGGCGACUUGAAACUGCCCAGUAAUGAAGACCUAAAACCUGUUCGUAAACAAAACGUUUAUGUAAACCCGACAGUAGUCUAUUACUGUUCAUUAAGGAGCAUUUAUGUGAUCUACUGAUUAAUUUGUUUGAUCUUUCCGCGAAAAAUCUCUAUCCUAAUUGGUCCAUGGCUCGUCUUAUUUGUUAUUCUCCCUUGAAAGACCAAGGCGUCCAAUGAUUUUUUACUCGUUAAACAUUCCUGUUUUUCUUCCCAAUGGGUCCAUUUAAGUGUUGAUGUAGGUGUAAUGUUCAUUUUUUGAAUGAAAAAGAAACUAGCAGCAGGUUUUUGGCUUAAUGUGACUUUACUGAUGGUAAGAUAUUUGCGUGUCUUUUAAUUCGAACAAUGCGAUCUUCAAUGAUCCUUUUUCACCUCCAUUGCCAUUUAAUAUAAAGCAUACAUAUGAGAUGAUUUAAUCGUUUUCUAAGGAGUUCCAAAUCAGUUCAUAAUAUUUCACUCAUGAGGUUAUUUUGACAGCAGCACUUCUAUUUAUGUAUUUGUUAUUAAACAUAAUUUUUUUACCAUGGUUUACCGCUAACAGUAGUUCACGGUAAUAACAUUAUGAGUGAGGUUGUCGCCAGGCGAUAGCACAGUUUUCGUUUCCUUGUACAUUGAGCAAUGUUUAAAGCUAAAUACUAAUUACUGUCUACAUCCGUUUGAGUGUAGAACUGAAGUACUCGCUCAGCAAGACGAACGACGAACCUCUGAAGCUUGAAAAAACAGCCGCUCUUGGAAAGUUGGAAGGUAAAUAUUUAUUUCAGUCAGGAUUUUGGAUCCGGCUAAAUCUAGGUAAGAUUUAUAUAUUUUUUAAUUAUCUCCUGGACCCCUAACCGCCCCUCUUCCCCUUUGAUUCUGUUUUCUGAGUGUUUAUAUAUUUGUAUGCAUCUGAACUAUUGCGCCAUGAUUCGAUUUUAAUUCACUGCAAGGUUAGUUUGUGCGUCCCAACCAACUACCCAACAUUUCAAAUCAGAACCGAGCGCCUUUCAUGUUGCAUGGUCGACCAAAAUAUGGUAAAAAAUAGUCUUCGCAGACGAACUUAAGACUUAUAAAUUGCUCGAAAGGUUUGCUGCUCUUCUCUACUUUUUAGUAAACGCAACUUAAAGCAAUGGGACAGCCAAAAUGACCAUUAGUGAGGCGAAAGCGCCAUUAAUCUUACAUGCAUCUAAGAGAGAAUAUUCCGUAUUCACUAGAUUCGAAUCAAUAGACGACAUCAGUGAUACAGACAGGUGUAGUUGUGCCUGGAGGUCUUGUCAGGUGGGGUUCUAUCUUUAAUCCGCCUACUUAUCGAUAAUAAUCAGUAACUGUCCACUAUAGCCUGCUGUCAGUUUAAAUUAAUUUCAAAAUUGUGCUUUUGAGCUCAGCAUGUUCAGUGGCUGGUGGGCGCACAUUUCCUUUGGGGUAUAUUUAAUGUCUCCAUGGCAAAACUUGCCAGUGGCUUCGUGCGAACUGUCUAAGGAAGACGUAAUAAAUCAUGACUGGAGAAUCACCCACGGUGAGAUGAGCUUUCGUUGAAAAGAAGAUAUAUUUGACCUUCAAAAGUCCGCAGGGAGUAGGAAAUAUUACUUUUCGUGAUAUCAAUUAAGAACAAUAAUUAAUUCGUCAUCUUUUGAAAACCAAGUGGUGCUCCUCCCACGAUUUUCUCUCGUAAACAACAAUCAUUACACAGUUUGGCUUAUCAAGGAAAAAAACUGAACCUAAUGCUACCAUAUUUUACUUUCAAAUUGUACAUCACAUUCUCAAAUUGCGAGAGCUAAAAGCCCAAAGGUAGGAUGUGAACAAAAUUUUUAUCGAAGCUGUGGGGUUUGUCCAUUUUUUGAAGCUGAUGAGGGUUUAAAUAAUUUUAGUUCGAAAUGAACUGAAAACGAACUAGAAUUCUGAGCCUAAUUCAAUGUAGUUUGUCGUUUUGAGCUCGAGUUAAGUUUUUUAGCGCUCUUCUUUAACUUGCAGGAAGUUCUAUAGCUUUAAGUGCUCUAUCUUACUUGAAUGCAAAGCGAGUUUCACCGAAUCAACGAGCUUUGCUCAAUCUUCUUGAGGCAAAUCUUUCGUUCGACCGUGAUUCACAUUCUAAAAGUAACACAGUUCAUCUUUUUUAAAGCAAAGAAAAAUGAAGAUUUUUAUCAGAAAUAUAAAUAUUUCGUCGAUGUGUCCAGUUUAUGCGAUCAACUUUUUACGGAAGUUAUAUUUUCCUAGAAAAAAGUACUUCCUUGGCAACAAAUUUAUAAGUCAUCUUUUCUAAGCGGAAGGUUAUCAAGUACUUCCAACCUCCAUCUUUUAAUUUGUCAACAUCACUUCUCGUAGUCGGUGAAUCAAUGCUUUUAACGUCGUGUAACUUAUCGGCAUCGUUUUCAAUGUUUUUUCAUGAAGCGGAUGGUAGUUUUUAUUUUUAAUUUUAAAAAAGUUUCAUGUGAAUUCAGACAGCAUGUUCGAGUUAAAGCUAUAAGCCUAAAAGGGUAUUUAAUCGAGUCGGAAAUUUGAAGCUUUUUUAUUUCUUUUUAUAAAUUUUGGUAAAAUCCGAAGAGAGUGAACUUGUUUUUUCUUUUGCGGAACGUUUUGGUAAAGGGAACAGUUCCGUGUGCGUAAUUACGUGGAUGUCUUAUCACUUCACUGAGGAAGACGGAAGCCAGCGUAAUUGAAUACCGCGCAUAUGAAAACAGUUCAUAAUUCCAAUAAGAGACGUUGAAUUAGGUGCUCAAAGAUUUAUAAAAUUUACAUGGCAGUAGCAACUGAAUUUUGCAGAUUAAAAUCAGCCAGUUUUACGUUAAUUUCCUCUGAUUAUUUCUCAAAUCGAAUGUUUGUUUCUUUUUUUUAACAGAAAAUAUUCAGCUUAGACCUAAUUGUGAAAGAUGCGCUUUAUCACAGCUUGCAAUGAUAAUAUUCGUAUCGCAUAGCAAACACUGUUAGUUCAACUAUUUAAGGGUAAAAUGCCGCUUGCUUCAAGUAAGAGAUAUCGCUGAUUUAUCUGAUAACUUCGGAAUUCCUCUUUCACAAACAAUAUCGACGUAAGGAGCAUCAACCAUCGGUGAUGAAACUUUUGUUGUGAACACCAACAUGAGAGAUGAAUCAAAGGACGGGCAUGAUAUAUAAUUCGCCACUUUCGCAUUGGUUGGUUAGUAGAGCCGGUGAACGCUUAUUAUUUGGCUGUGCUUUGAAUCCUCAAAGAAACAUGAAUUUUUUUUUGAAUUCUCAAAUCGGGGUUCCUGACUUUGAGUAACAGGCCACACUUUCUGCUGGUUUCCGGCGAAACAACCUGCAUAGGAUAUCGGGAGACUUACAGUGGUUUAAGGUUCAUAGCUGGACGUGUGUUCUUGUGUUGUUGUUGUGUUCUUGGGUCAUACACUUUAUUCUCACAUUGCCUCUCCCCUGGGAAUUGUCAGGGAGACCUGACUUAAUGAUGAUGGGAUAACCUGUAAACCCCCCCCCCCUUCCGUCGAUUCUUGCUACAAAUAUCGGAAGAAGUUGUGGCCGGAUGGGCUUCUUAGCUCGAGUGCAGACUUAGCUUUGUUUCAUCACCCUGCUAAAAAGUACUUGCAAAUAUUCUAGGAAACACACGCUCACGAGAAAGGAGACACGCGUGGAGAGAGCUUCCCCUCGCUAUCACGCGUGAAUUCUCACGUUCGCAUCUUUCAUUCGUGAGUUCUGUGUAGGUUGAGUAAAUACUACUUCUACUGCUACUAAUUAUGCAGCUUAGAGGGUUGACCUUACCUUCAUACCUUUCAACAGAGCAAGACAUCUACGUCACCUCAGCGUCAAUAAGCUUCGAACUCUGCGAUGAACAAUAAAGCGGUUAUCUCCAUUUUGCUCUUAAUUGUCGUGAUCGAGUUAGUGUGGUGUAACGGCGCCAAUAAGACGGAGAGCUGUAACGGCACAAAUGUGACAAACAAUACAACAUAUUGUAAUAGCACCGAGAAGAAGAAGCUAUUCAUUGCAGUAAUCGAUAAAAGAAAUGACGGCACCAUAGAAUCCGGUAUACAUCUGGCGAUCGAAGUUGCCAAGAACUCUUCAGAAUUUAAAGAUUUCCUGGACAAGUAUAAAAUAAUAACCAACAUGUACUAUACAAAUGUAAGUUAUGUUAAAGAAAAUAAUCUAAGUUUUAUCCUUUUAUUUCACCACCUCCUGAUAUAUGAUUAAUGUGAAGAAAAUGAAUUUCAGCCUCAAAGUGAAAGAAUGCUCCAAAAAUCAUACAAACUUCAUCUCUACCAUCAGAAAGUAUUCACGACAAUGUUCUGAUGACUGCAGUUUGAGAUCGACUUUCGAAAAUCGUCUUCAAAUGUACAUAAUAUUCGACCACUGACGGCAUGGUGUAUUUUUACUUUAUUUGACUAUUUCACUUAAUGUGUGUUUCAUGUCUGAAGUAGUUACGGCUCAACGUGACUCUUGCGUGAUGAUGAGAUUGUGUGACAAACCAAGUCGCCAUCUUGGAUGCGAAUCUGACCUCCUAAUUGGUCAAUUUGCACUACAUGGCUAAAAACCUAAUAUCUGAUUGGCUGAUGUUAUAUUGUCUGAUGGUGAGAUAAAAGUUAUUUUUCCUCGCAGCAUACGUCUUCAUCCGGAGAACUUAUUGUGUGGGUGUCCUUUAAAUUUACUCAGAGGUGUCGUGCUUUACCAGAGGCUUAUUUCAUGAAGUUUUUUCUACUCUUUGUCGCUUCCGGAAAUAAAGUACAAAUAACAAUAAUGUCCUUGAUUUUCAACAGGGUAAUGAAGCAAAUGCCAUAGUUAGCGCUGUAGAUGCACUGAGAUACCCCUCAGGGAAGGAUGGACAUGCCUUGAUUCUACUUGGUCCUCAAACUCCUCCCGAAGCUUCCUCGGUAUUGAAAGUUGCACGAUUCUACAGAAAGCCUAUGGUGAGAAACAACAGACAUUUUGCUACCGAUUAAUACCUUCAUUGGCUUAGCAGGUUUUGGGUUGGCUAAGAAGCUUCCUCUUGUUGGAUUGUGGGGAUGGUUGACUGGUAUAAUGAUUAUUUGAUUAUUAAUAGAUGUACGGCGAACAAAACCGAGUGACAGACGGACGGAGAGAGGACCAAUGUUUUUGUUUUUGUUUAGUAAACUUCUAGGUGUUUUAGUGAAUUUUUAGCUAUUCAGAUAGAUUUUUGGGUCGGUAGGUUGCUUAGAAUGAUUUCUUGUUUGCUUUUCCGCUCGAUUACAAGUUCGAUGUACUCAUAGGAUGUGUUUAAUUCAUAGUUACAUGCAAAUUAAUGAUAUUAACAAUAUUCGGUGUGUAGCGCGAUCCUUGAGGGAAAUGCUCGCUCGUGCGCACUCUCAUAGUUAGCGCAAAGAACAGUCCUUCCACCAAGGAGGAAGUAUCAUUGAAAACUAAGCGAGUAACGAAAGCCCUCGCCGCUUAUAACUACCCUGCUAAUUUCAUUCAGAAUGGCCGCCAACCUAAUAGACAAUAAGAAAUGAAGGACACCAAUCAGCGUGGCUUGGUUAUCCUGCUUAUGCCAAAGGAUUUUCCGAGAGAGUCACAAAAGGUCUUCGAGGUUCCAACAUCAAGGUCGCCCAUAAGCCUAUCUGCUUCAUCUCGAGCAUACUUAAAAGGCCAAAAGACAAGAUCGAGAAAGAGGCUUCUAGAGGAAUCGUAUACAAGAUUAAAUUUAAAGAUUGUGAUUGUGUUUACGUUGGUCAGACAUCGCGCGCACUAAAAACACGCGUGAAAGAACUCACAAAGGCCAUAGAAACAUUGCAUAAAAAUGCGUCGUUGGCCAAAUACCAUAUGCUUCACAAUCACCAAAUAGACUCGGAGAGUGUUGAAAUUGUUGACAGGUCAUUAGCGUGGCGACAAAGACUAAUUCUUGAAGCCUGGCAUUCCAUGCGAGAUAGAAACGUUUUUAACGAACACAUAACGCUACUAAACAUAUACAAUAACAUUAAGAAUUUUUAGAGCCAUUAAAAAUACUCUAGAGAUUAUUUUUUGCACUUAAAAAAUUCCUUCGAGGUUUAGUUUUAUCACACUUUGUGGACAUAUACCAAGCAGGACGCCGUCAGACAUUUGCAUUUUUACUUUUGCUAAAGAAGGCAACAGUAGUAGCCAAAACGUCCAGAUCAAUAUAUUUUUUAGCCAGUGUCGACCUUUUGGAUUCUUUUUACUUUUAUAAUUAUACUGAAGGUACAUAUCUGCAACUAGACUCAAGAAUACUAUGCAAUCAACCGUUUAUAGACCAUGUGAUUAACCUUGUUUGGAAAUUUCGUAACUUAGUUGGUUUCCGUUUGCAAUUCCAUCUAAAUUAUUGCAUAUUACGCGGUAGAUCCUUUCGAGACCCGAAAUACAAGGCUCGAGAUUUCGUAAACAAGAUUUAGGGUCUAAAGGGUCACGGUUUCACGAUGUAGUUCGUGAUUUUCAGACAGAGGAAUGCAGAUCGUUUCAGUAAUGUAAGGCAACGUUCCCUUGGCCUGAAAUGAAAUGGUCAACUGCUGAACUGCAAUUUCCACCGUGUCUGCUAGCUAUCUGCUGAGGGAAUGGAAUGGGUAUACCUUUUCACCCAGAUCGUGCUAUGAAAUGACCUAAUGCGUCGCUAGCGUAAGACGGACUCUGGUUGGCACUUUCACAUCAGAACGCUGUAUCACUUCUCUUUGAAUUUAACAGGUAACGUACCUAACUACAACGCCCAACUAUCAGGAAUUAAUGGAUCCUUACGGGUUUACGUUUGCACCAUCAGCUUUUACCUUCAAUAGAGCUGUCAAAAGCGUAAUAAAGUUCUUUAAAUGGAAAAGAGCCGCCGUGGUGUACGACUUUCUUGAUGAAGCGGGUCUUUAUGUCAAGGUAAGAAGUCUUCUGUUACUUUCAAGUUUUUGAUAUCUUCAUUAAAACUCUAACUUGAUAAUUUGAGUGAAGGACCAUUACAUUUUUCUGGGGGGAGGGGGGUGGUUGGAAAGUUCUGGUGGAUAGAGCCCAAUGUUGUUUUACUUUUUUAUCUUUUAAUUUUAAGCAAAAACCUGUAACUUAGCCAUACGACUACGCGUUUCCUCCACGUUGAAUAAUCUUUUCAUGUGUGUUAUUAUAUGCUAUCAAAGUAACAAGUCAUUUCUUUUAUUUUGGUCCAUUUGGAGUCCAUUUUUGAUCAGCUAAGGAGCUACUCAGUGAAUCAUCAUCUUAUUAGCAAUAAAACUCGACAACUCCAAUUAGCUUGUUUUUCAUGCAUGCGAGAAGAGAACUGAGGUCAUUGUGAAUUUCAAACUUUUCCUUACAUAAAAUUGCAGGUUGUGAGCAACCUAAUAGAGAAUGCAGACUUUAAAAUUAUUGGAUUUGAAGCAAUAAAUACUGAUGAAAUCAGCCCUGAACUGGACGUCAACAAAGAUAUCCAAGUUAAACUGAAAAAACUAAAGGUAGAUAUUACUUAAACUCGCUUAUACCUACAGCACAACACGUCUGUGUUAGUGUGUAUCACUCAUGUUUCAUGUGCCUUUGAACCAUUACUUUUCUUCGUUCUGUGAUGGGCCUAAAAACUGACACCAGCCGCCAAUUCAAGGAAACACUAAAACUAAUCCCUUCUUAGGUGCUCGCGCUAUCAUCCCUCAAUUUGGUGUGAAAAUACACGAAUAUUAGCCUUCAUUUCAUAUAUGUGCAGAUAUUCAAACGCGGAAAUUAUUUGAUCCAAGAAGGAAACAGUUUCUCGAAUGCGAAGCUGGAAGAAACUUGUGAGCUUUGAGAAACGGCCAAUGUCGAACGACAUAUUAAAGGGCACAAUUGGUAAGCACAAUGGAUGCGUGGGUGAAUUUACCAUUAAAAUACUCUCUAAAGUGCUCAAAAAGAAACGUUUACAAACAGCUUACCGUCGAAAAAAUUUUCCCUCCUCUUCCGUUAUAACAACAAAAUUGUCUCCUAACUUGAAUCAACUCUUAGAGGAAGUCUUCCAUUGUAGGGACGUAAGGCUUGAAAAUACUCAAAUAUGAGCUGUUGUAUUAAUAUAAAGUACAUGGUAACGGGGUAAUGAUAUUUGUUUCUCCAUCUAGGACUUGGAUGCUAAAAUAUUCUUUGGUGCUUUUAAUGGAAGAGGAGCUAGUCUGGUGUUUUGCAACGUGAGUUUACUAACAUUGUCAAGUGUUUAACCUUUGCAAAUUUUCGUCGCGAAUUGUACCCAAAUUGUAUUCAUCUUUGUCUUACAGGAUUAUUUAUCACAUAAACUGCGGUGUUAUACAGGGAUUUCCGGCCCUGAGAAAAGCCGCAACAACAUACGUGAAAAAAUAUCGUAUUUUUUCACGUGUGUUGAUAUAGCCAAUCAGCUGCUGACACGUCACUCGCCUUUGGCGCCACUCAGGUUAAUGAAUGAACGGCAAAGCCUUCACGAUUCUCAAUACAAGUUGUUUGUCGGAGCUUUCUCGAAUUAUGGCGGCUAAAACACUGAAAAAUCCGUAUCGCUGACAGACAGUGAGGUUCAAACUUUCCUAUAAGAAAACCAAUAUACUAAAAGAAAAACCGAAAGUUACGUAUCCAGUGGCUUUGGUGUUAGUAUUUCUCUCGGCUGAGAAUGAAAAUCGACAACUGGAAGAUUUUCCACAAGCCGAUUUUGGCCGUUUACCUGAAAGACUUCUUCUGUCGGUAAGGACAAAGCCAAUAAAUGAGAAUUUUGUAAAUUAAAAAUUACGACCACUGUUGUUUUUGUAAUCAUGAUUCAACGCAUUUUUCUAUCUUAGGAGUUAGCGCCAACACACUCUACGAUUGUUAUUCGGGGAUUGUCCAUUCAUUUAUUUUCAUUCAUAAAUGAAGUCGGCUUUUCUUCUCAGUAAAGGGCUAUUGUGUUUAGAUGAUACACAAAAUAAUACAUGGUUGCUUGUUGAUAUGGAAUUUCUUUUCUCGCGUUGAACUCGACAUCUCACUAUCGUGAGCUAUCGAGUUAAAUACUCGAAGAGAAAUUCCAUAUCUACGCGCGCCCAUGUAUUAUUCUCUAUUUAUUUUUUUUUUAGGGGGCACGGUAACGAAUCCUGCAAUCUGAUUGGUUCUUUACCCGGUCAGUAUUUUCCUAUCAUUUUCCUAUCACCAUACGGACCUCCCAGCCGGCAAAUAACAUAUAUAUUUUAUGGAAAACUUCGUCUUGAAAUCUUUCCGUAUUUUUCCUUUCCCAUAUAUUGAUCUCAUAUUAAAAUCGUAUUUGCUAUUGCUUAAAUAUUUGCAGAAUUCUGUCUUUUGGUAGUCCUAAUCUGAUUAGUUGAGGAACUCUGCCGUGGAUCGAUUUGCUUAGUAAACUCGGAACUUAUAGUCUAAUUGUUUCAUAGCUUAUCCAAAAAAUCCUCGAUAACUACUGUACCUUGGCACACCUGUGCACCUAUUGAUAUCUAUCAGCAUACCUUCCAAAUAGACUGAAAGAACAUUUAGUUAUCUAAUAAUACAUUAAUUUCAAUUUGUACUAGACACACGUACGUAAUGCAGACCUAUUUUUGCAGUUGGUUAUUAAUUUAUCUAUCAGUCUUUUUAACUUCUUAGUUAUCUAAAUACUUAUUUGUUUAUUAUUUGUAUAGUCUUACAAGUUUUAGCCUUCAUUCCAUAUCUUUAUACAUAGAGAGAGAGAGGAUAAUACACGUGCGAGUUUUUAAAUCGAUAGCUCACGAGUGAGCGCAGCGAACGAGUGAUAUGUCGAGUGGAACACGGGAAGAGAAAUUUCAUAUCUACAAGCAACCAUGUAUCAUUUUGUUUAUCAUAUAAACACAAUAGCCCUUCACUGACAAGAAAAGUGGCCUUAAUUAAUGAAUGAAUAUAAAAGGAUCGACAAUCCCUGAAUAAAAAUCGUAAAGUGCGUUGGCGCACUCAAGACGAAAACACGCGUUAAAUCACUACAAGAACAAACAAUGGGCCUAAUUUUCAAUAUACAAAAUUUUCAAUUAUUGAAUUGUUCCCUACCAGCAGAAGAAAUCUUUCAAGUACACGGCCAAAAUCCGCCUGUAGCAAAUCUUCCAGUUGUUAAUUUCCGUUCUCAGCCCUGAGAAAUGCCAUUACUAAAGCCACUGAAUACGUAGCUUUCGGGUUUUCUUUUCGUAUUUUGGUUUUCUUCCCCUUCUAGGAAAGUUUGAACGUCAUUGUCUGUUAGCGAUACUGAUUUUUUAGUGUUUAGCAGCCAUAAUCCGAAGAAAAUCCGCCAAACGACCUUGGAUUGAGAAUGGUGACGGCUUUGCCGUUCAUUCAUCAACCAACGAAGUAGCGCGAAAGGGGAGUGACGUUCAGCAGCCGAUUGGCGAUAUCAAACACAUGAAAAAAUAUCGUAUUUUUUCACGUAUGUUGUUACGGCUUUCCUCAGGGCUAGAAAUCCUUGUAUAACACCGAAUUUUAGACGAUAAAUAUUUAAUUGUAUAUCGUACCCCAUUCAUCUUAACGUUUUAAAACCAGAUCUUUGCUUAUUUAAAUAUAGCUUAAUGCGAAAUCGAAGAUUUCAAAACAACAUAUAUACAAUCAGGGAAUUUCAGCUUUAAAUCUUCUUUGUAGUUGUACAAAAUGGGCAUGUAUGGACCAGAGUUUGUGUGGAUCCUGCACCCUGACGCGAAUACUGUCGAUGUAUGGAAUUUCUAUGCCGCAACCGAGAGGUUCAAGAACAAAACCGGGACAUGUACAAAAGAAGAGUAUGAAAAAGUAGCAGACAGAACUAUUAUCCUAGACAAAAAAAUUUUAUAUCGGACGGAUGAUAAUACCAUUACUGCAUCUGGUCUGGUAAGAAAAAAGGAUGACAAUAUUCUGUAUAGUGCUGGGGUCCUAAGUUGUUUGAGAUUCAUAAACGUUUACUUAUUCAUAACCAAGAGGGGAUAGGGCAUCUUUGUACAGCUUUGAACAGCUUUGCACAGCUUUGUACAGCUUUGUACAGCUUUGUACACCUUUUUUGGUGUAAGCAAUGAAGACAUCAAGAGGGCGUGGAAAGCUUAAUGUAAAUACGACUGGUACUUCAGACAGAGAUGGGAGAAGCUGAAAGAACCAUAGUAGGCUUGAUGAUUCCUGGUCUGAUUUUAAAAUUUUGCCAGUUUCUUAGUCGUUCUUGAUUCGCCGUCAUUCCACUGAUACACGACCUUCGGAAAUUUAUUUCCGUCGCCAACAAAAACAGGUUGUGAUUACAUCAAACAGACCAUUCCAUAUACUUAAUAAAAGGAUCUUUCGACGCUUAUGAAUCAAUUGCAGAAAGCCAUAUUGGGAAGGAGUGGACAUCGUAAGGUAGUUUGUUCUGCAGGCCGCACAGAAAUACUCCUUGUUAGAAAUCAGGGUUCACUGUUGCAAAUCCCUAAAAACAGAAGAUGAAAGGGCACUUUAAGGGCAUUGUUACGACUACCAUACAAAAACUAAAAGUCUACGCAAUAAUUUAUUUUUGUCUUUUAGUCAUUACGCCAAGCGUUCGUGAUGAAAGGCUUCGAAAACAAGAAAGAACCUGAGAAGAUCGAGUUUGCAACUGCCUUUGACACCAUGUGGUCCAUCAUGCUAGCUUUAAAAGAAGCAAAUGCUGAAGAAUUUCCUCUGGAAUAUAAUGUAGAAUAUUUUUUAGGGAAUGAUACCAUAUCAAAAACUAUUGUAUCAAAACUGGAAAAUGUGUCCUUUGAAGGACUUACGGUAAUUGUUUUAUAUUUCUAACCCCAUUAUCGCUAAAAAUGGCCAAAUGAAUUUCUGGAAUUAAGGAACAUUGCCUUCCCCCUAGCGUCCAAGAUUAAAAUGAAAGGAUCUUCUCCAGAAUGUGGCACCUUUAAUCAAUGGUUACCCGAGGCCAAACUCGAGGGGGAAAGUCAUACGAAGACCCAUUUUUCCAGUUGUUCCUUAAUAAUGAGCUGUCGCUUGCGCCAUUGGGUACGUCCCCCUCUAUGAUGAAUACUUUAACUACCCAAGGUUAAUAAUAAAAUGUCUCUUGUCCACUGACAAAAUAAGAAUUUCAAAAACCAAGUUCUGAGUUAAGAUAAAAACUUAACCAUGUGUUGCUGCUCAAUUCCUAUUCAGGGUCCAAUAUCGUUUGAUCCCGACGAGCACUACAGGCAAGGGAUAGUAGGAGUGAAGCAAUACAGAAGUGAGCAAUAAUUUCGAUUUUCUUGCUUACCUUAUGACUAACAGUGCUCCUAAUAGUACGCUACAAAGCUGUUUUUGCACUUUUUAUUUUCGUCUAGUGGGACAAACGCAGUUUGUCUCCUUUUGUCACUCGGCUAAAAAAUUUUUCAGGACGUUUAGUUACGAAUGAUUUAAGUUGUUAACUGCCGUCCAGGAGAUGUAUGCGGAAAAUUACAACCAGCAUUGUAGAUCUUCAAACAAUAUAUUACGCGUUUGUAUCAUGCAAGACAUUUCAGCAUUAAAAAAACAAAAUCUUUCCAGAAACUAGAGAUAGCGUACAUGUAUCGCUCAGUACUUUUAAUUACUAACUAUUUCAUUCUAACUAUUCUCUUCCGAUAUCGCAGUGGUCAUGGGUUCAAAUUCUGCACAGGCCUGAAUUUUUUCCCCAGGCCUUACUUUCAUCACUGCUUAAGUAUUGUCCUUUAUCACGAAGAUCUCAUUCAUAUUCAUAACUACUCUGUUGUUUUAUCAAUGUCAACAGCUAGCGACAAGGGUCUUGUACAAAUUGGAAGACAUGACACAAAGAAAGAUAAGUUUGAGUUGUUCAACAACACCAACGUAUGGAAAGGUAAAGUAAAAUACAACAUUUAGAAAGGCUGUUAGAUCAGGCGGGGGGGGGGGGGGGGAGGGGGGGGGGGGGGGGGGGGGGGGGGGGGGGGGGGGGGGUGGGGGGGGGGGGGGGGGGGGGGGGGGGGGGGGGGGUGGACGGGGUUUGCUUGGUGAAACCUGUGAAAGGGAUCUUGAUUUUUCCUCGAAACAAAGAGACAAAGACAAGUACCCACCAAAUCGUUACAGUGGCUGUGAGCAGAGAUAGGAAAAGCCGAACUGCACUAAGUGCCAAUGAGAUCAUCUGAUUUGUUCCUGUAACCUUUUCGGAAAAAAAGUAAAAGCACACAUCCAUGAUUAAAUUACUCGAUAUGGUCAGCAUAUGGUUUAGUUAUUGCUUGAUUUAGAAUGCCAAAAUGAUGACCAUCUAGUCGAUCCAUUUGCGUCAAAGCGCUCCAGAAUUAGUUCCAGUAUUCUUGAUUGAUCUGGUUGCUGUCCACGCCUCAAAAGGGUCUUUGCAUUAGUUCUUCGAUGUCUAUAUUACAGCCACGUACGUUCACACGGUACCGGACGAAUUUUUGAUCGGCCAAAAAUUUCGAACGGACAUUCUGUUUGCGUGGAACCGUACGAAAGUUUCGUUCCGUUCAGAUGAAACUGAUAACCGGAUGAAGUUUGUGACAAUCGCCAGUAGUUUUACCGUCUCCUCAUGCGCAAAACGCUUCCUAAUACAGAGUUUUCGCUGCUUCGACGUCUGCGAUUUGCAGAUAGAUGCGCGACGUUUUUUAACUUGAUUUUCUGGCAUUAUCAAGAACCAACACAACGUCGCCCACGUGCGUGGUAAGUUCGGCAUCUCCUUCACAUUUGCGAGAUAAUAUUAUGCAAUAAAGCUGUAAUAUUACCGAGCACCGCAAUCAAUAAACCAACACGUUCCAUUUUCGUGUAAAUUGUAAACGUGCUAUGUAGCCUAGAUACCACGAAUCCAUGCAGCCACACCUUCGCCGUCCAAAGAUUUCGACGUAUAGUUAGAGUCCUGGUGUCCAGAUCAAAAUAUCUACUGAGUCCCAAGUCUUGGUCUGGUCGAAAAUUCUGUAUUUUUGGAAAAAAGACUUUCUUUCGAACCCUUAAAUAAGUACGAAAAGAAGACUUUGAAGAUCAGUUUGGUCGCGCUAUAAAUUCUCCGCUUCAAAUUACGCCACUGAACCUAAGAUUAGCACCUGGCAAGCGUGAGAAUGGAUUCGGUUCUUAAGGUUAACCCUAUACACCCUAACAUCAGUAUAUAUAUUCUCCAUACUGUCUCUUUACAUCUUCUGAGGUGCUGAUAAGGAGAAUUUGUUUAACAGUCAAGAGCCUCUGUAGCUGGUGAUUAUUUCCUCUAUUCACAUGACCUGAAUGCAUGAUUGGGGGGAGGGGGGGGGGUGAUAUUGUAAGGAGAGAUUAGAUGCCAGUCACUCUCAGGGGUCAGAGGGUUAAGGGAUAAAACUAAGGGGGAGUUAUCUGAAGAGGAGCGUAGCCAUGUAGUUUAGUAGCUUUUCGUUCCAUCCAAAGAUCCUUUGUACUAUAUUCUUGAGAAUUCCUCACUUAAUCAUAACCAUUAUAAUUUCCUUAAAUAUGAUUGGUGCAUCAGCUGCUUCAUUUUUCACCAAUCAUUCUGUGCAGUUGUAAUCGGACAGUUGAAGCAGCCAAUCAUACUAUUUCCAUUCAGCUAAAUCCACCAAUCACAGAAUUGAUCACAAUAACCAUAGCAGAAAAACAACUUAUCCAAAGAAAAAAAGUCAAUUUUUAAAAUGGGAGAAUAUUUAACUAAAGACAUUGUCUACCCUGGAAAUAUUUUUCUAGGUGUAUUUGUUUUUUCGGAAAUUGAAAUGGUUAUGACUAACUGGUAACAGGAUUUCUUGUCGUCCAAUUCUGUCCGUAAUCAUACUCGUGAUAAACAAAUCGGACUCCCGCUUCGUCGUCCGAUUUUGUUAAUCACUCGUGUGAUAACAGACCGAAUUGGUCUCCACUCGGUCCUAUUACUAUUAUGAAUUUAACCUUUUUACUCCCAAGGCCUUAUUAUUCAUUCUCGUUCUGUCUAUGACACAAUUUCUACGAGGUUAGUUUGGAGAAUUAAGUAUUGGAUCAACUAAUGAUCUCAUAAUUGAUAUCAUUUGCAUUCUUAUCACUAGUCUGCUUGAUAUUAUAUAGACAUUGUUAAGAGAAUUUCUGUCCAAGUUACUCAUGGAAGCUAAAGGGCUAACUUUAUGUUUUAUGUUUUUUUUAGAUGGUUUUACCCCUUACGACAGUUCACAGAAAAGAUUGGAGCCGCAAGCCGUUGCUAUUGAACUCUAUAUUGUAUUUUCAAUCGCCGCAUCCAUUGGAAUCCUGUUGGGGAUAAUGUUUCUGGUGUUUAAUCGAUAUUAUCGCAAGUACAGGCAAGUGUAUUGCAAUCAUGUCUGCCAUCAGCACGCUGUUUUCUCGCAAGCAAUCCCUCCCAAUGCCUAAAUUGCUGUUUUGGUUAAGAUUCAGAUUAAAACUGAGUUGUUCAUGAUCUCUACGAGCUUUUGGCUGCAUGGUAAAAAACGUUGAUAGUGGCGUUUAAAUUGUAUGAUUUUCUCUAAAAUAUUAUCUAUGGAAUCCGUGGGAGAGAUUUUCCACUUUUUCUAGAUUUCAAGACCGUGAAUUUUUGCUUGUUCAACAGUGGUGACUUCUAAGGUAAAAGUGAAAUCGCUGAAACAUCAAAUGUUCACCGAUUUAAAUGGCGUAUCGAAAGAGGGUCAUAUAGAGCGUAAGUGACCCUUUCUUGAGCCAAGACAAAGUGAUUACUGCAAUGAUGAAAAACUUGGAAUGCCUUCAAACAACAGCGUAGGAAAAGCAAAGUUUAAAAGAGAACGCAAAGUUUUCUUUCAUUUCGUGGCUUGUUCCGGGUAGAUUUUACUUUCGUUAAUAAACUCUUCCUUGAAAAAUUUUGAAGUUCUGCCGCGGAACCUUCGAUUAGUACAAGAUUCAUAAUUUCUCUGUAUUUCCCUGGAAAUUUGCUCGUGCACUUCGACUUUUAGAUUCGAAGAUCACCAGGUAUCCAUAACAUCCUGGUUCUUGCGCAAUUUUUCGUCUUUAAAAUUCUAAAAACAGGUAUUCUGUUACAGGUUUAUCCGGCUGUCUGCACCCCUAUUUAAUGAUGUCAUGGUCGUGGGCUGCAUCAUGUGUCUUAGUACGGUAUAUUUAUUUGGUAUAAGAAAUUAUGGCGAUCCAAAAACAAUCAUGCCUCCUAUCUGCAAGGUAAAUGGAAAAGGAAAUUUUUACUCUAAUUAUUUUUUCCAGUGGAAGCUUGCAAGAUGUUUUCAUAGAGGUUGGAGUUAGAAGCUUUUAUUGAUACUGUUUGAAAGUUAUCCAAUUAAGUUGAUGGUCAGUGCUUUAUCGUUCAUCAAAAGUGGCCUAUGAGCGUUAUACAGAUAACUUCCAUGUAACAAUAAAGAACAGAGAGGAAACGUUUUAAAAACGACCCCUUGGUGAGAUCUCGGAUUAAACUUGAGCUCAAAGUUGUACGAUACAGUCUCUAACCUCACUGAUGUCCAUUUACAUGACAAGAGAAGAAAAAUCAGUUCCUAAUUAGCUUGUCGUCGACUUAACUGAAGGCUGUUCUCAUAAUGAGGGGGUCUGUUUCAUAAGAAUUUCUCGCCCUUUCUUCUUUACCAUUCGUUGUUAUUCUAGAUAUUGAUAGUAAUGUUUCUUCCAAAUCAACAGGCCCGAGCGUGGAUUUUGAAUGUUGGGUUUUCAUUGGCCUUCGGAGCCAUGUUCAUCAAAACGUGGAGAAUUUACAAGAUUUGUACCAACAAGCGCCUGAAAGUUCGCGUGAGUUCUGAAAGAUGAUAUUCAGCUUUAUUUAAAAAUUAUAAGGAAAUGAUAUUAAAAAAUAUGGUUUGGUGUGGUCUCAGUGUAGAAUCCAAUCAAGUCGUGACACAUCGAAACCUCCCUUUGGGUCAUCUGAGGGGAGGACACUUUGUCUUUCCUGUUAGAGGGUCUUCUAUGUUCCCUUCUAGAACCUCUAAUUAGCCCCGUUUUAAGGUCCCCCCCCCAUUUUCCCCCUUGCCUUAAAUGUAAACUCAGAAGUAAAAUCCGAGAGACAAAAUGUUAGCGUUGUAAUAACCACAUAAUGUUAUGCGAAUACGUGGACUGUAGGAUUCUUUUUCAUUGUUUUCUCCGUCUGAUAGUCUGAAUGAUACAAAUUAAGCAAUGACCGUUACUUGCUUGCUGUGUUUCAGCUCGGUCCUUUGUCCGAUUGGUGGAUGCUUGCAAUGGUUGGUGGGAUCGUUUUAAUUGACGUGGGUAUCAUGGUUGCGUGGGAAAUCGAAGACCCCCUGGAGUGGGCUCAGCAAAACUUUACUGAGAGGGUUAGUAAAGAAAUGAAAACAGUACCAUCCAAUGUCUAUGGUUUUGAUGGAUUUUUUAAUUUCUCUUCGUUUUAUGGAAGAAAAACAUAAAGUUUACGGCAAAUAACAAAAAUUGAAGUUCCUGCUAUCUGCAAGAGGCCGUAUCUAUCCUCAUUUGAACAUAUGUUAGCCGCCGCUGAUUCGAGAUUUUUUCUAACUUCAAUUUAAUUUCUUUCUCAUUUGCUAUUUCCAUAAACGUCGUGCAUCUACUCCAUAACAUUAUAAACGUAAGGAAUAGAGGAUGAUUUAGUUUUGAGUUGGUAACUGAGUUAAUGAUGUAAAUUUGUCACCGUGGGAGUCUCUAAACAUGACGUUUCAACUAUUAGCCAUUCGUCAGAGAAAAUGACAAAUUUUCUACAUCAUCAACUUAGUCGAUAAAAUCAGAUUAUCUUGUUAUAACCGCUUCCGACCCAUUACUUCCGAAAUAGGCUGUUUCCUAGCUUAUCACCCAAUUUAACAUCCAUGACCUAGCCCAUGACUGCUGUAAACGUUAUGGUGGUCAUCUAUUCCUUUAAAAAAGUUCUUAAUAGAAUUCCACCUGGACCAAAAUAUUAAACUCCAGAAAGUGCAUCUGUUUCCACAACCUGAUAUGAGAAAACUAUACAUUUAGACUCGUAAAUACUUACGUUCAGUGUUCAUAAUUUUCAAGCUUUUGUCUUUGUUCAGGUUAUCUAAACACAUUCUUCAUUUGAACUGUGCCAUCAACAUACAUUACUCUAGUCAAAAAUUUAUUUUUCAAUCCUCGCACUCCUAUGAGCACUUUCCUGACGAACUGUUAUCCAAUUCUUAUAAUUUCAACUCUGAGAAUUAAGUACUAGCUUCGUUGAUAUUUUCUUUCCUUCUUAUCUCCUCCCUGGUCGGCAUUGUACCGAUAUUUUAAAGAGAAAUUACAUUUUUUGUUACGUCUGGGGGUGAAUAUGUUAAGGAUGUCUUCAACUGUAUCAUCUUGCCCACUGAAUUAAUCAGGGGAAAUUUCAGCAUAUUGUGUUCAUGUAGGGGGGUCUCUCCAUGACAGGCUUGAAUGGGACAACGUUUCCGCUCUCACGCAAACAAAACAGUCACUGAAUACAGGUUUAGCUCAUUUCUGACUGCCUUUAUAUCCAUCUGCUUACUAAUGCUAACUGAUAGCUAACAUGACUGUUUAUUUCUCUUCCUCCUUAACAUGCCAGGAACAGAGGGUAAGUUCCAUAUUUUCUCGCUCAUUGCAUGUUUCACUUAACAGCUUUCUUUUGAUGAAAAUCACGCUCUAUUCUGCUGUUUCAUUCCUCGUGAGUUAACCGACCAAAAAAAAAGCAGGGAGGUUGAAUUUCCUGUCUAUUCUUUGUUUCCAGGUCAAUAUACCCUAUCCAUCAAAUUGCCUCUUACUGAGAUCAUUCCCGUUUCUGGAAGUCCCAAAUAUAUCUUAAAAGGGAAGUUUUGAGAAGAAGAACAGAUCGACAACUUCGUUAUUUUGCACCUCGAACGUCUGACAAAACAAUCACUACCUCAUUUCACAACACUGCUGACCCGACCAAUUUGUUUUAGAACACUAACUCAUAUUUCAAGGCUCGGUGGUCGUUAAAAAUGGGUUUUGACUUUAACUAAGAUCAGGAAGUAUUUGGCAUAUCUUCUAAAUUAAACAUACCACAAGGAGCCAAGCAAAUGACGCCUAAGGACCCGAAUCUAUGGCGCUGAACAUCAACGGCAAAUUAGCAGUUGUUUGGUUCCUCAAAUAAGAGACGAGAAAAACAAGUCAUUCUCAAAUUCAGUGUAAAAAGGUCAAAUUCUCUUCGUUCUCUGUCAGUUCCAGUUAGGAUUGUUUUCCAACCACCAACCCUUGCCUCGCAUUAAGAGCUUGUCGAAGAUGAUAGUUCGCAUACUGAACUGAUCGAACGUAAAAAACAAUAAUGAAUAUAAAAAUGACACAGAUUAUGAUAAUAAUAAUGAAAUAAGCGAGAUAAAAGUAACGAUCUGAAAUUUCAGUAAAAGGAAACGAGCCCAUUAAACUAAUGGUCCUUAUCACUUCGUAUACACAGAAAGACGAAGAGAAACCCUUUAUCAUCAUUAUACCAACGCUGAACACCUGUACCGCCAAGAACUUGACGGUAUGGUUGGCUUUGAUCUACGUAUACAAGGGCGUUUUGCUACUGUAUGGACUCUUCCUUGCUUACGAGACAAGAAACGUGGUGUAUGCUCAUCUCAACGACUCUCGUGUCAUUGGCAUCUGUGUGUAUAACGUAGUUGUGUUGUCCACCAUCGGGGCAUUUCUGGCGCUGAUUCUGAACAAUCAUCAAUACGAGCAAUUGUACGCCGCCUUGAGUGUGUGUAUUAUAUUUCCAGCUACAGUUACCAUAUCCUUAAUUUUCAUCCCAAAGGUAAGAAGUAUCUCGAUCAAGAAUGGUAAUAGUGUUGUUGCAUUUUCUAAAGGCCAAAUUUCAGCUUGAUCAAUGGCAGAGAGGACGUCCAUAAAUACGCAGUCAAGAAGAAAGUUGAAAGGAAAUUCAUAUUAUAAAUUACUGAGUAAUCAAACGAUUUCAAUAGACUGCAAUCUUGAAACCUAUCAGCGCUCGAGAUUAAAGACUAAAAGUUAUAUAUGAUUUCAAAGACUACAGAUUGCACGAGCCCACAUGAUUAUUCAUGCAUUGCAGUUUAUUCAAAACAGCUAUCAAUAUCAUUUUGAUUACUCAAUCUGUUGGAAAUUUUGCGCUUCAGACUAAAAAUAAGGGUAUUGUACAAUGAUUUUCAUAAACAAAGCAGCUCAAAUAUUCUGAAGUCUACCAAAUUUUCCUUUAAAAGAAACAGUUUGAUUCGACAGAAGGGGAUAUGAAUCUAUUGUGUGAAGAUUUUGGGCAGCUUUGAGAUUUUUUUUCAGCCUCUAACACCCCCAGAUUUUUGGCGAGGAUCCUACCUUACAAAUCAUUGACUUUUUUGUUUUUUUUUUCAGCUAAUACAUCGGAUGAAAAUGAGCUCCCUUGAAGAUGAGGCAGGAGAAUCAACGACAAACACCAGAACCUUUAAUCGGCCGUCCAUUGACAUAACCAGUACUUGCGGUUAUGCCACUGAGAUGGGUAGAGAGAGAUACGUUGAUGCUUCUUCAGCGAACGGCAGCGUUAACACGCUAUGUGUGUAUCAAAACGGAGAUGCUGGACUUUCUCCUGCUCCUUCACCGAAACCACCCACGAAAUUCCAAGAAAUAUCGCCUAAAACUCUCGAAGAUUGAGGGUAUAGUACGAUAAUAAAAAAGAAGGAUUUAAACGUCACCGUGUGACAACGAAAAUUCAACUCACCCUUAACUCUCGGGCUAUUGGUACUUCUAGAAUUUUUUAAGAGAAUUAUCGCGAGGAGGAAGACAUGCCCACGUCCCAAAAUUGCUUCGAAGUUACUCCACAAGUACGGAGGACAACCCGUCCUGGAGAAGUCGGUUGUUAGGAUAUUGUGUUGCCACUGAGCCUUCAUGAGUGCGAAACCGUUCAAACUGAUUACUGAUAACAAAGCACAGUGGAUACAUCUCACCGAAAAAAUGAAUUUCGGACAGAAGUUGUGAAAUCCGAAGUUGUGGGUGUGUGUCAACCUCAAGGGAUGUUACGUGAAGAAAAAACUCGUAAACUUCACACGCUGGUCUCGCAAUUUUAAAAACUUCUACGGUUCUUUAAGUAAAUAAACGCAGGAAAUUUGUGGAAAUACUUUUAGAUCUUUGAACUGAAGAAAGCUGAAACUGCUACGUAGAACAUUUUGUCUUAGCUGUUUUUAGGUGCUGGAUCUCGCUUGAAAUACUCUCAAUGAUCUAUCUUUAAAAAAUUUUGAAGAAUUUUAAAUAUUGACCGUAGUGCAACUGUAUUUAAAUGAAAAUAUACAGUUAUUAUUAUCAUCAUCAACAUCAGUGUCAUUAUUGUUAUCAUUAUCAUCAUUAUUAUUUAUUAUCAGUAAUUUGUGUGAAUUAGAGUGCGCUACAGCUUUAUAGAUAACCACGGUAAGCAUAUCGACAAAAACAAUAAGUUUGAGUCUGUUGAAAACAUCGUCAAGGCGUUCACGUACACUGAAAAGCAGAGAGAGAAGGUCCUUGAGACCCUCUGCUUAUUUCUGGAACUUAUUCAAUCGGAAUUCAGUGCAGUGUGUACAUUUUAAAAUGUGGUUCGGCCACCAUGCCGACUGAAUCUUGCAAGUUCGUAGAGCCAUUUCAUAGCUUGUGCAUCAUAAAACAUUAGCACAUGUUACCUUUAACUAAGGGCAGGAGAUGAAGCUCUUGAAGAGACGUGAGUUUUCCUUUUUACCAGGAGAG